AUGGAUGGUCACGUCUUUGGCAUGAGUGCUAGGCCUUCUGAUGCUGGGAGCGGUGUGAAGUGCAACCGUUGUGGCAAGAAGGGGCAUCAAGUGAAUCAGUGCACGGCAGACCUUUCCAAGGUUAAGUGCUUCAAGUGCGGAGAGAUGGGCCACAUAUCUUUGAACUGUGCCAAGGGCAAGCAGGGUGAUGUUUCUCAGUCGAGUGCGAGACCUAAGGGUUCUGAUGGCAAAGGUGCUGCUGCGGCCAAGGGUCAAGUUUCUUUUUCGCCUAAAGGCAAGAGCAAAGGAAAAGGAGGAAAGAAAGGAAAAAUGUUUGCUCUGUUUGAUGAGGAGACAGGGGUUUGGUGGUACACAGAUGCUGAUGAAUCUUUUUACACCGAAGAAGGUGAUGAGCAAGAAGCACAGCAGGUGGACUCCACUCUUGUGUUAUCUUGUGUCAUUGAGUUAACUGAUGAGCCCAAUACGCGUUUUGAAGCUGUCCUUGAAGACAGCGAGUCGGUGUCUGUUGUGCUCCAAGAGCAGUUGUGUCAACCUUUGUUGCAGUCGUUGGGUCAGUCGCUUGGAAGUGAGUUUUGGCUGCUUGACUCAGGUGCGUCAUGCUGUGUUAUCAACCAUGUGACGUUGAAGACGCUUCCGCAUGAUGAGUUGACUGCAUGUGGUUCGACGUUUAUGGCUGCGAAUGGGACUCCUGUUCCCUUUGAUGGUCGUUGCCAUGUUGUGCUAAAGGUUCGCACAAAGGAUUCAAGUGGAGCUACCAAGAAUGGUGUCUGCAAGAUUCCUGUGAUGGUGGGUGACACUCCUUACAAUAUCCUGUCAACGCGAACUCUUGGAAGGCAUGGUUGGCGUGUUGUCUUGGAUGAAGGCGUUUCUGUGUGUCAUGUGAAGUCGGGUGUUGAUAUGAUUGAUACCUGUAUUUGGUGUGACACGCCUUGGAUCCGCGUGAUUCCUCAUUCAGAAGGUGAUCUCUUGUUGCCGUCGGAUGCCUCAGUUGAUCCUGCUCCAAUUUCCUCGAUUGGACAUGUUGCAGUUGUUUCGCAGAAGACCAAGGAAGAUCUUGAAAUUCACAGAGCAAAGGGCCACAUGCCCUUCCAUCCUGAUUGCGAGCAUUGUCUGAAGUCCCGAGGUGUUACCCAACACAGGCGAAAGUCUGAGCGCGGAGUGGAAACAGAGAUUGUUGCAGAUUUUAUGUUUCUCGACUCUUCUGGAGAGACGAUCAGCGUAGCUGAGCGCCAGACAAGUAGCUCUUUCAAGGUCCUCGUCCUUCGUGAGGCCUUUUCUUCUUCUAUUGGGGCUGUGAUGAUAACUGAGAACAUUGCAAAGGACAGAGGUCUUCUUUUGAAGUGGCUUGCUGAGUUUGGGUUGUCGUCCUCACAGGCAAGCAUUGUGCUUUUGACAGAUUCCGAAGAAGCGGUGAAGUCGUUUGUUGCAGGUGCGUCGGAUAAGUACAUCUUUAUGGUGCGCAAGGCUGCGCCACAAGCUCAUGAACAGCUUGGUGGUGCGGAAAGGACAGUCCGGGUCCUUAAAGAAGGGCUAGCUACUCUGCAAAGUGAUUUUCAGUCGCUUGGUUGCGUUUUGUCGUUUCGGAGAGACUUGUUGCAGCUUGCACUUUCUUACCUGUGCAUGAGUGUGAAUUCGAAUGGCAAAGCUUUUGGCGGUGAACGCUCUCCAAAGGAGGUUGCAGUUGGUCGAAGGUUGCCAGAUACCCCUUUUGCGUUGUUUGGGUCCAAGGUGCUUGCUGAGGUCCCUGAGUCUGUGAAGGCUUUGUGCCCGAAUAUGUCGCGUUUUGAGGCGGCAGCUUUUCUUCACCCGCAAUUUGGGUCGCUUGGGAGCUUGGUGUAUGCGCAUGUGCGUGUGGGCCAGGUCUUGACGCCAAAGGUGUUUGUUGCCAAGUCGAUCAAGCUUGUGUUUCCGAUUGAGCUUGUCUUCGAGUCGGGGAUGUUUGAAGUUUUGCGUCGUCGUGGUGAGCUUGGGCCUGAGAGGCCAGAUCAUCCAGUUGCGCCUCGGAUUCUUCCGAGUUCCCAGGGUGCCUCUUUGAAGUGUCCUGUUUCCGGUCCGCCAAAGGAGUUUUUUGAGAGGUAUGGGUUCUCAGGUGAGUGCCGAGCGUGUUCUAACAUGGCACAAUUUGGGUCUAGGAAGGGCUCUUCUCACGGUCGGGCUUGCUGUUUGAGAUAUGAAGCGUGGUUGCGGUCGCAAGUUGCAACAGAUGACAGCAUGGACGUUGAAGUGCCUGUGGCUUCGGAUGCAGAGGCUAUGCGUGAAGCUCUUUCUGAGCUAGCCGAGGAUGAGUCGAGGCAAGACCGAGCUGUGGAGGAGGCUCAGGGUUCUCCUUUGCCUCCCCCGGCCAAUGGGGACGCUGCUUCGUCUGAGGCUCCAGCGAGGAUUGUGAGCGAGGCGGCCCCCAGUGGUCGUGUUUUCACGCGUGGUUGUCCUGCGUGCGAGUCUGGCAUGAAUGCUCCUGGCAUUCGUCACAAUGCUGAUUGCAAGCGAAGGAACCAACAUCUGAGUGUUAGAUUUUCUGUUUCUGGGGAGCCCGAUGAUGACGAAGCUUUGUCCAGGCGUCUGCCUGAAAAUCUUGAAGGAGCUGUUGCUCCUGAGUCUGAGGGCAUUGGGGCUCUUGAUGAGGACACUGAGAUGCCGUUUGCCGAUCCAGUGUUGACUGGAAGUGAAGGCGGAGGCAGCCUAGAGGCUGAGGAAGUGCUUCGUGGAAGCAGUGCUGUGAAACGCUCCUCUGAAGUCCCGUUGGAAGAUCUGGAGCGUGAGAUCAGGCAGGACCAAGAAAGGGUUGCUUCAGUUAUGGUUACCUUCCACAAUUGCGAAACAGGGAAUGAUGUUCACAUGCCUCUUGCGAGUUUUGUUGAGCAGGCGUUCCAGGUUUCCAAUUAUGUCCCUUUGCUUUCAGGGCUUGUGGAUUCGGUUCAGUUCGCCCCGAACUCUACGAGUGUUGUUUUGCCGUUUGGGAAAAGGUCGCAUUUGAGACUUUGGAAGCCUAGUUCCGCUGUUGAUGACUCUACCUUGGGUGAGCUUUCAGGAGAUCAGGUCAUGGAAGGCAUGGUCAAAGAAGUCAACAAUUUGAGUCACAUGGAAACUGGGGAUCUGUUGACUGCUUCAGAACUUCAGAGUCUUGAGAAGAGGUUCCCAGGUACCUUGAAGGUCAUCCCUAGUCGUUGGGUCACGACGCAGAAAACACCAACUACAGUGCGAGCUAGGAUUGUCAUCAAGGAUAUUGCUGGCAAGAACUCAGAGUCUGCAAGGGCUUUGGGCAUUUCAAGUCCUACUCCUAGUGCCGAUGCUUUGUUCACGGUUCUUGGGAUUGCAGGUUGCAGAGAUUGCGUGAUUGCGAGCGCUGAUGUAUCUCACGCUUUCAUGGCUACGCCUUUGAGAGAAAGGGAUGUGGUGAUGAGGUUUCCUCUGUCAGUGUCUUCGGUUUCAGGGGAUCCUUUGUAUCUUCACCUCAACAAAGCCCUCAAUGGGCUACGCAAGGCUUCGCAGGAAUGGAUCUACUUCGUAGGGGAGACUGUGAAGGUUUUGGGGCUUCAAAGUUGCAGCUUAGAGCCGUGUCUGUUUUCAGGCAUGCUUGAGUCAGGUCCCUGUUUGCUGUUAGUCUAUGUGGAUGAUUUUCUGUGCAUUGCGCCAACAAAGGAGGAUGCAGAUCACAUCUUUGAGGUGAUUGAGAAGAAAGUUGAACUCAAGAGAACCGGGUUGAUCAAUUCUUCCAAGGAUGGCGGUGGCACUUUGCGGUUUAUUGGUAGGGUUAUCUCCAGGAGAAAGGGGGAGUCCUCUAUCACAGUGUCUUUGCCAGAAGAUUAUUUGGAUGAGACCUUCAAGGCUUAUGGUCUUUCGGGAAAAGGUUCCUCAAGUCCUCCAGAUGUUGCGGUUCAUGUUGAGAAGCAAGAUGGGGUUCCAUUGUCUCCUGAGGCGUAUGCCAGGUUCAGGUCUGCGUUGGGGAAAGUAGCUUGGAUGACGCAGACUCGUCAGGACUUGCGUGCUUAUGUGUCAAUCUUGGCAACGCAGCAAGCCACACCCACGAAUCAUACUGAGCAUGGUCUCCGAGCCUUGCUUCGAUUUCUGAAGAACGACAUGUGCGUGGUUGUGCGGUUGCCUGCUGCGAGUGAUGUGUUGGCUCCCUCGCAACACUACCAAGGAAAGAGGCACCUUGUGUGUUUCUCUGACGCAUCGCAUGCGCCUUUGAGGUGCACGAAGCGCCGUGGCAUCAGUGGAGGAGUGUUGACACUUGAUGGCUGCGUGAUAAAGACUUUGUGUCGUCACCAACAGCUUGUGUCGCUGUCGUCUAUGGAGUCAGAGCUGUUUGCGUUGCAGUCGGUUGCUCAAGAAAUGUCGAGUCUUGGAAAGUUCAUGGCAAGGGUCUUCAUGUCGUUUCGAGAAAGCGAGGAAGUUGAAUUGCCUGGGAUACUUUACAGUGACUCAGAAAGCGCUUUGAAGCUUCUUCGCAAUUUGGACACACCCAGGCAAAGCAGACAUCUUGAGAUAAGAGUCGAGUGGCUUAAAGCUCGUGUCGCAGCGGGUUCUUUGGUCCUUGCGUUUAAGAAGGGAAUCGAAAAUCCGUCAGACCUCUUGACUAAAUGUUUGGGGUCCUCGGCUUUCGGGAUACAUCGCGAAGCGUUGGGCUUUGAGUCGCUGUCGGGACCACUUGCGUCUUUGUGCAAUCAUGAGAAGAGAUUGGUGAUGGUUGAAGUGUGCUGUCGACCGCAGUCGAGUGUUCAAGGUGCAUGUCGCAGAGUCGGGAUGAGUUACGUUGGCGUGACUGAGAACAUGCAGAGUGACAGCGUGUUCAAAGAGGUGCGUCGAUAUCUUCUGAACUUUGCGUGUGACUGCGUGUUUGUGCAUGUGUCCACGCCUUGCUCUUCUGGAUCUUACUUGCGUCGGUUCUCUGGCGGGAGCUCGUCGAAGUCGGAUUGGGAAUGGUUUGAGGUGUUUCCUUGUGUGUUGAAGUACUUGAAGCUUGGGAAGCACUCGAGCUUUGAGCUGCCAUGGAACAAUGAGAUUUGGCAACAUGACUUGUGCCAGAAGGUGCUGAAGAAGGCAGGCCACACGUUCGAUGUGCGAACUCGUGCUGCCAUGGUUCUCACGACCGAUGAACGCAGGGAGCUGCGCCGUUUGCUGGAUAAGAUGGAUUCUGCAGAUGGCUUGGCUUCGACUGCCAAUACUUCUAUGACCGAUGGGACCAAGCGUCUCAGAGAUGUGGGUGGAUAUCCAGAGGAUGGGUCUACUGCAUCAGGAUCUGCUUGCGGUGCCCAGCUGCCGAUUUCAAAGGGAAGCGCAAAGGGUGCUGUGAGCACUCCCAAGUGUUAUGAAGACCUCGUCGAUGCAUUCGAGGGGGAAGAGUUUGGGGAUAGCGACAAUGUGAUUGUCGUGAGCUAUGCAGGUACUGAGGUCACCUCGGUGCCACUUCCAAGUAAUCUAUCUAUGGAGGAUUGGGGUCGGACAAUCUGCGAUCUGCCAAAGGUCCAGAAGAAUAAGAUGUGGUUUAAGAAGUCCUAUGCGACCUUGGCCAAGCUUGCCAAGGAGGAUAGCGACCUUGCAAGCUACCUCAAUUGGAUCAAGGAGAAAUUUGGUCGCAAUUAUGAUCCGACGACCUCCUCCAGUCAGUCCUCGGACCUUGCGGGGUAUUUGAUGAGGCGCCAGCUCCGUGUAGUCCAGGUCUUGCUGAGGCGGGAGGGGAGUAUGGGUGUGGUACAGCUGGGUGUGGGCAACAGGAAAGGAGGCAAACAGGUUUCUGGAGAUAAUGCUAGUGCAGGGAGACAGCUGCUUGAUCGCAUGAAUGCGCGUGAGUUGCAGUCCUUGUAUGCAGAUCUUAGCCAAAGACUGAAUGUCCCUGUGAGUGGACAGUUCGUUCCUGAGAGAUUGGGGCAGUCGCCACCUGAUUUGAAUGUGCCAGCUUUUGUGAGACAUCAAGGUAACACGUUACCUGGUGUUCCAGCUGAAAAUGCGAGGAGCAGUGAAGACAAAGACGUCUUUAGCCGCAGUGAGAAGUGGCUAGGGUCUCCACCUUCGCCAAAUCAUCAAGCGUGGAAAGGGCGUGAAUCUGAAGUGCUGGGCAUGAAUGCCUAUAUUCACGAGUUGGUUGCAUGGGCGAAUCAAGCAAGUGUUGAGUUUGGAAAGGAGAUCGCUCAGGCCGCGCGAUGGCCUACACAGAUUGCAUGGAACACGUUGUCUAAGAGUCAACAAGCGCGAGGAGUUCGUUUGUUUAGUGUGCUGAAGGCAGCGUUUGGAGAUCAUGGGCGGAUAACUCUUAUGAUCCAAAGCUUCGGAGAAGGGCUUGACAUUGUUGCAGUCGCCAUGCAGGGAGAUGUUUUCGGGAACUCUCUUUCGUAUAUGGGUAAUGGUUUUGAGUUGCUUAGGCAGCUUGCCAAGGAGUUUUCUUUGAGAAGUCGUGCUGAGGCUAUGAGUCUCAGGGCGAUGCUGAUGGCAAGAACGUUUCGAGCGCAAGACUCGUCAGCUCCAGUUGCUGACACAGUGCGUCAGAUUGAGGUGGCAGUGGCAAGGUUUGUGCGUUUACUUUCGACGCUAGAUCCUAGAGAUGCUGCUGGGUUUGCUUUGACUGACAGUGAUCAGCUUACGCUUUUGAUGAGGUCUUUGCCUGAGAGCGCAAAGGCGUAUACGUUACAUCAUUCGCAGGGUGAGACAUAUGCCUCAUAUCGAUCUUCAGCUUUGCGAUGGGAACAUCAGCAGCGUUUGUUUCUUGAGUUGCAAGGGGCCAAAGGUUUGUUUGGCUUGCAUGAAACCGAGUUUUCUGAGAGCGCAGGCUCGCCUGAGGCAGGUGAGGGAAUGGAUGGUCACGUCUUUGGCAUGAGUGCUAGGCCUUCUGAUGCUGGGAGCGGUGUGAAGUGCAACCGUUGUGGCAAGAAGGGGCAUCAAGUGAAUCAGUGCACGGCAGACCUUUCCAAGGUUAAGUGCUUCAAGUGCGGAGAGAUGGGCCACAUAUCUUUGAACUGUGCCAAGGGCAAGCAGGGUGAUGUUUCUCAGUCGAGUGCGAGACCUAAGGGUUCUGAUGGCAAAGGUGCUGCUGCGGCCAAGGGUCAAGUUUCUUUUUCGCCUAAAGGCAAGAGCAAAGGAAAAGGAGGAAAGAAAGGAAAAAUGUUUGCUCUGUUUGAUGAGGAGACAGGGGUUUGGUGGUACACAGAUGCUGAUGAAUCUUUUUACACCGAAGAAGGUGAUGAGCAAGAAGCACAGCAGGUGGACUCCACUCUUGUGUUAUCUUGUGUCAUUGAGUUAACUGAUGAGCCCAAUACGCGUUUUGAAGCUGUCCUUGAAGACAGCGAGUCGGUGUCUGUUGUGCUCCAAGAGCAGUUGUGUCAACCUUUGUUGCAGUCGUUGGGUCAGUCGCUUGGAAGUGAGUUUUGGCUGCUUGACUCAGGUGCGUCAUGCUGUGUUAUCAACCAUGUGACGUUGAAGACGCUUCCGCAUGAUGAGUUGACUGCAUGUGGUUCGACGUUUAUGGCUGCGAAUGGGACUCCUGUUCCCUUUGAUGGUCGUUGCCAUGUUGUGCUAAAGGUUCGCACAAAGGAUUCAAGUGGAGCUACCAAGAAUGGUGUCUGCAAGAUUCCUGUGAUGGUGGGUGACACUCCUUACAAUAUCCUGUCAACGCGAACUCUUGGAAGGCAUGGUUGGCGUGUUGUCUUGGAUGAAGGCGUUUCUGUGUGUCAUGUGAAGUCGGGUGUUGAUAUGAUUGAUACCUGUAUUUGGUGUGACACGCCUUGGAUCCGCGUGAUUCCUCAUUCAGAAGGUGAUCUCUUGUUGCCGUCGGAUGCCUCAGUUGAUCCUGCUCCAAUUUCCUCGAUUGGACAUGUUGCAGUUGUUUCGCAGAAGACCAAGGAAGAUCUUGAAAUUCACAGAGCAAAGGGCCACAUGCCCUUCCAUCCUGAUUGCGAGCAUUGUCUGAAGUCCCGAGGUGUUACCCAACACAGGCGAAAGUCUGAGCGCGGAGUGGAAACAGAGAUUGUUGCAGAUUUUAUGUUUCUCGACUCUUCUGGAGAGACGAUCAGCGUAGCUGAGCGCCAGACAAGUAGCUCUUUCAAGGUCCUCGUCCUUCGUGAGGCCUUUUCUUCUUCUAUUGGGGCUGUGAUGAUAACUGAGAACAUUGCAAAGGACAGAGGUCUUCUUUUGAAGUGGCUUGCUGAGUUUGGGUUGUCGUCCUCACAGGCAAGCAUUGUGCUUUUGACAGAUUCCGAAGAAGCGGUGAAGUCGUUUGUUGCAGGUGCGUCGGAUAAGUACAUCUUUAUGGUGCGCAAGGCUGCACCACAAGCUCAUGAACAGCUUGGUGGUGCGGAAAGGACAGUCCGGGUCCUUAAAGAAGGGCUAGCUACUCUGCAAAGUGAUUUUCAGUCGCUUGGUUGCGUUUUGUCGUUUCGGAGAGACUUGUUGCAGCUUGCACUUUCUUACCUGUGCAUGAGUGUGAAUUCGAAUGGCAAAGCUUUUGGCGGUGAACGCUCUCCAAAGGAGGUUGCAGUUGGUCGAAGGUUGCCAGAUACCCCUUUUGCGUUGUUUGGGUCCAAGGUGCUUGCUGAGGUCCCUGAGUCUGUGAAGGCUUUGUGCCCGAAUAUGUCGCGUUUUGAGGCGGCAGCUUUUCUUCACCCGCAAUUUGGGUCGCUUGGGAGCUUGGUGUAUGCGCAUGUGCGUGUGGGCCAGGUCUUGACGCCAAAGGUGUUUGUUGCCAAGUCGAUCAAGCUUGUGUUUCCGAUUGAGCUUGUCUUCGAGUCGGGGAUGUUUGAAGUUUUGCGUCGUCGUGGUGAGCUUGGGCCUGAGAGGCCAGAUCAUCCAGUUGCGCCUCGGAUUCUUCCGAGUUCCCAGGGUGCCUCUUUGAAGUGUCCUGUUUCCGGUCCGCCAAAGGAGUUUUUUGAGAGGUAUGGGUUCUCAGGUGAGUGCCGAGCGUGUUCUAACAUGGCACAAUUUGGGUCUAGGAAGGGCUCUUCUCACGGUCGGGCUUGCUGUUUGAGAUAUGAAGCGUGGUUGCGGUCGCAAGUUGCAACAGAUGACAGCAUGGACGUUGAAGUGCCUGUGGCUUCGGAUGCAGAGGCUAUGCGUGAAGCUCUUUCUGAGCUAGCCGAGGAUGAGUCGAGGCAAGACCGAGCUGUGGAGGAGGCUCAGGGUUCUCCUUUGCCUCCCCCGGCCAAUGGGGACGCUGCUUCGUCUGAGGCUCCAGCGAGGAUUGUGAGCGAGGCGGCCCCCAGUGGUCGUGUUUUCACGCGUGGUUGUCCUGCGUGCGAGUCUGGCAUGAAUGCUCCUGGCAUUCGUCACAAUGCUGAUUGCAAGCGAAGGAACCAACAUCUGAGUGUUAGAUUUUCUGUUUCUGGGGAGCCCGAUGAUGACGAAGCUUUGUCCAGGCGUCUGCCUGAAAAUCUUGAAGGAGCUGUUGCUCCUGAGUCUGAGGGCAUUGGGGCUCUUGAUGAGGACACUGAGAUGCCGUUUGCCGAUCCAGUGUUGACUGGAAGUGAAGGCGGAGGCAGCCUAGAGGCUGAAGAAGUGCUUCGUGGAAGCAGUGCUGUGAAACGCUCCUCUGAAGUCCCGUUGGAAGAUCUGGAGCGUGAGAUCAGGCAGGACCAAGAAAGGGUUGCUUCAGUUAUGGUUACCUUCCACAAUUGCGAAACAGGGAAUGAUGUUCACAUGCCUCUUGCGAGUUUUGUUGAGCAGGCGUUCCAGGUUUCCAAUUAUGUCCCUUUGCUUUCAGGGCUUGUGGAUUCGGUUCAGUUCGCCCCGAACUCUACGAGUGUUGUUUUGCCGUUUGGGAAAAGGUCGCAUUUGAGACUUUGGAAGCCUAGUUCCGCUGUUGAUGACUCUACCUUGGGUGAGCUUUCAGGAGAUCAGGUCAUGGAAGGCAUGGUCAAAGAAGUCAACAAUUUGAGUCACAUGGAAACUGGGGAUCUGUUGACUGCUUCAGAACUUCAGAGUCUUGAGAAGAGGUUCCCAGGUACCUUGAAGGUCAUCCCUAGUCGUUGGGUCACGACGCAGAAAACACCAACUACAGUGCGAGCUAGGAUUGUCAUCAAGGAUAUUGCUGGCAAGAACUCAGAGUCUGCAAGGGCUUUGGGCAUCUCGAGUCCUACUCCUAGUGCCGAUGCUUUGUUCACGGUUCUUGGGGUUACAGGUUGCAGAGAUUGCGUGAUUGCAGGUGCUGAUGUAUCUCACGCUUUCAUGGCUACGCCUUUGAGAGAAAGGGAUGUGGUGAUGAGGUUUCCUCUGUCAGUGUCUUCGGUUUCAGGGGAUCCUUUGUAUCUUCACCUCAACAAAGCCCUCAAUGGGCUACGCAAGGCUUCGCAAGAAUGGAUCUACUUCGUAGGGGAGACUGUGAAGGUUUUGGGGCUUCAAAGUUGCAGCUUAGAGCCGUGUCUGUUUUCAGGCAUGCUUGAGUCAGGUCCCUGUUUGCUGUUGGUCUAUGUGGAUGAUUUUCUGUGCAUUGCGCCAACAAAGGAGGAUGCAGAUCACAUCUUUGAGGUGAUUGAGAAGAAAGUUGAACUCAAGAGAACCGGGUUGAUCAAUUCUUCCAAGGAUGGCGGUGGCACUUUGCGGUUUAUUGGUAGGGUUAUCUCCAGGAGAAAGGGGGAGUCCUCUAUCACAGUGUCUUUGCCAGAAGAUUAUUUGGAUGAGACCUUCAAGGCUUAUGGUCUUUCGGGAAAAGGUUCCUCAAGUCCUCCAGAUGUUGCGGUUCAUGUUGAGAAGCAAGAUGGGGUUCCAUUGUCUCCUGAGGCGUAUGCCAGGUUCAGGUCUGCGUUGGGGAAAGUAGCUUGGAUGACGCAGACUCGUCAGGACUUGCGUGCUUAUGUGUCAAUCUUGGCAACGCAGCAAGCCACACCCACGAAUCAUACUGAGCAUGGUCUCCGAGCCUUGCUUCGAUUUCUGAAGAACGACAUGUGCGUGGUUGUGCGGUUGCCUGCUGCGAGUGAUGUGUUGGCUCCCUCGCAACACUACCAAGGAAAGAGGCACCUUGUGUGUUUCUCUGACGCAUCGCAUGCGCCUUUGAGGUGCACGAAGCGCCGUGGCAUCAGUGGAGGAGUGUUGACACUUGAUGGCUGCGUGAUAAAGACUUUGUGUCGUCACCAACAGCUUGUGUCGCUGUCGUCUAUGGAGUCAGAGCUGUUUGCGUUGCAGUCGGUUGCUCAAGAAAUGUCGAGUCUUGGAAAGUUCAUGGCAAGGGUCUUCAUGUCGUUUCGAGAAAGCGAGGAAGUUGAAUUGCCUGGGAUACUUUACAGUGACUCAGAAAGCGCUUUGAAGCUUCUUCGCAAUUUGGACACACCCAGGCAAAGCAGACAUCUUGAGAUAAGAGUCGAGUGGCUUAAAGCUCGUGUCGCAGCGGGUUCUUUGGUCCUUGCGUUUAAGAAGGGAAUCGAAAAUCCGUCAGACCUCUUGACUAAAUGUUUGGGGUCCUCGGCUUUCGGGAUACAUCGCGAAGCGUUGGGCUUUGAGUCGCUGUCGGGACCACUUGCGUCUUUGUGCAAUCAUGAGAAGAGAUUGGUGAUGGUUGAAGUGUGCUGUCGACCGCAGUCGAGUGUUCAAGGUGCAUGUCGCAGAGUCGGGAUGAGUUACGUUGGCGUGACUGAGAACAUGCAGAGUGACAGUGUGUUCAAAGAGGUGCGUCGAUAUCUUCUGAACUUUGCGUGUGACUGCGUGUUUGUGCAUGUGUCCACGCCUUGGAUCUUACUUGCGUCGGUUCUCUGGCGGGAGCUCGUCGAAGUCGGUGUGCUAAGCAUGCAAAUCUGUGGCAGGUUGGAUGGACCGAAACAGGUUUUUACACUCCGAAACUCGCUGAUGCGAUUGUUCGAGGUGCGAACUCGUGCUGCCAUGGUUCUCACGACCGAUGAACGCAGGGAGCUGCGCCGUUUGCUGGAUAAGAUGGAUUCUGCAGAUGGCUUGGCUUCGACUGCCAAUACUUCUAUGACCGAUGGGACCAAGCGUCUCAGAGAUGUGGGUGGAUAUCCAGAGGAUAGGUCUACUGCAUCAGGAUCUGCUUGCGGUGCCCAGCUGCCGAUUUCAAAGGGAAGCGCAAAGGGUGCUGUGAGCACUCCCAAGUGUUAUGAAGACCUCGUCGAUGCAUUCGAGGGGGAAGAGUUUGGGGAUAGCGACAAUGUGAUUGUCGUGAGCUAUGCAGGUACUGAGGUCACCUCGGUGCCACUUCCAAGUAAUCUAUCUAUGGAGGAUUGGGGUCGGACAAUCUGCGAUCUGCCAAAGGUCCAGAAGAAUAAGAUGUGGUUUAAGAAGUCCUAUGCGACCUUGGCCAAGCUUGCCAAGGAGGAUAGCGACCUUGCAAGCUACCUCAAUUGGAUCAAGGAGAAAUUUGGUCGCAAUUAUGAUCCGACGACCUCCUCCAGUCAGUCCUCGGACCUUGCGGGGUAUUUGAUGAGGAUUGGUUUUUCAAAGCAGAAGGGAUUCCAGCGCAAGUUGGCGGAGGAGUAA